AUGGCUGCCCGGACCAAAAGCCCGCCCUGCAGAAGACUGGUUUUCCUGCUCCCGCUGCUGGGGAUGCUGUGGGAGGCCACGGCCAGGCAGAUCCGCUAUUCGGUGCCAGAAGAGACAGAAAGGGGCUACAUAGUGGGAAAUAUAUCUAAGGACCUGGGACUAGAGCCCCGUGAGCUGCCGGAGCACGGAGUCCGCAUCAUCUCCAAAGGUAAGAUCCAGCUUUUCUCUCUGAGCCCGCGGAGCGGAGGCUUAGUCACCGCAGGCAGGAUAGACCGGGAGGAGUUGUGUGCCCAGAGCGCGCCGUGUCUCCUAAGCUUUAAAGUCUUAGUUGAAGAUAGAGUAAAACUUUAUGGGGUGGAAGUAGAAGUCACUGAUAUCAAUGACAAUGCGCCGAAAUUUGAGGCCGAAAAUUUGGUAGUAAAAAUCAGCGAAAUCGCCGCCCCUGGAGCACGGUAUCCACUUCCAGAAGCGGUUGACCCAGAUGUUGGGAUAAACUCCCUCCAGAACUACCAGCUCAGUCCUAACCGACACUUCUCUCUCCACCUGCAAACCGGAGACGACGGAACUAUAAACCCAGAGCUGGUACUGGAGAGCACCCUGGACAGAGAGGAAGAGCCCACUCACCUCCUGGUCCUCACCGCCUCCGAUGGCGGUGACCCGCGCCGCUCCAGCACAGCGCUCAUCCAGGUCACAGUGUUGGAUACAAAUGACAAUGCCCCUGUUUUCGAACAACCGGUUUACCGCGUGAAAGUCCUUGAGAAUGUGGCCCCGGGCACCCUGCUGCUCACAGUGAGAGCUAGCGACCCGGAUGAGGGUGCCAAUGGGAAAGUGACUUAUAAAUUCCGGAAAAUUAAUGAAAAGCAGUCGCUGUUAUACCAUCUUCAUGAAAACACUGGGGAAAUGACAGUAGUGAAAAAUUUGGACUAUGAAGAAUGUUCAUCGUAUGAAAUGGAAAUACAGGCUGAAGAUGGUGGGGGACUGAAAGGGCGGGCCAAAGUGGUAAUUAUGGUAGAAGACGUAAAUGACAAUCGGCCGGAAGUGACCAUUACAUCUCUGUUUAGCCCGGUGAGGGAAGAUGCGCCCCCGGGGACAGUAAUCGUUCUUUUCAACGCUCAUGACCAAGACUCUGGGAAGAAUGGUCAAGUAGUCUGUUCUAUCCAGGAGAACCCAUCUUUUAAAUUAGAAAACUCAGUAGAUGAUUACUAUAGGUUGUUGACAGCCCAGAUUCUUGAUCGAGAAAAGGCUUCUGUGUAUAACAUCACAGUGACCGCAACAGACAGAGGAACCCCAUCCAUGUCCACAGAAAUCCACAUCACCCUGUAUGUAGCUGACAUCAAUGACAAUCCGCCUACCUUCUCGCAAACCUCAUACUCAGUCUAUGUCCCUGAAAACAACCCCAGAGGCACCUCCAUCUUCUCAGUUACUGCCUAUGACCCUGAUGACAGUGAGAAUGCUAAGGUUACAUACUCUUUGGUGGAAAACACCAUCCAGGGAGCACCACUCUCCUCCUAUAUCUCCAUUAAUUCUGACACAGGUGUGCUCUAUGCUUUGCAAUCCUUUGACUAUGAACAGUUUCAAAAUCUGCAAAUGCAGGUGAAAGCAAGUGACAGUGGACAACCACCACUCAGCAGCAAUGUGUCCCUAACUGUAUUUCUAUUGGAUCAGAAUGACAAUGCUCCCCAAAUCCUGUACCCCUCCCUCCCAACCGAUGGAUCCACUGGUGUGGAGCUGGCUCCUCGCUCGGCAGAGCCUGGAUAUCUGGUGACCAAGGUCGUGGCAGUGGACAGAGACUCUGGACAGAAUGCUUGGUUGUCUUACCGUCUGCUCAAGGCUAGUGAGCCAGGACUUUUCACAGUGGGGCUACGCUCGGGUGAAGUACGCACAGCCCGGGCCCUGCUAGACAGAGAUUCUCUUAAGCAAAGCCUCCUGGUGGCUGUGCAGGAUCAUGGGGAGCCCCCUCUUUCUGCUACCAUUACUCUUACAGUGGCUGUGGCAGACAGCAUCCCCGCCAUCCUGGCUGACCUGGGCAGCAUCAACACUCCAGCAGACCCUGAUUCUGACAUUACUCUCUACCUUGUGGUAGCAGUUGCCGUGGUGUCCUGUGUCUUCCUGCUCUUUGUGCUUGUGCUGCUAGCGCUUAGGCUGAGGCGUUGGCAUACUUCACACCUGCUGCAGGCUGGGACCAGUGCACUGACUGGGGUGCCAGCAUCACAUAUUGUGGGUGUGCAAGGGGUUCAGACUUUCCUACAAGCCUAUUCCCAAGAGUUCUCCCUCACACCUGAUUCUGGGAAGAGCCACCUGAUCUUCCCCCAGCCCAACUAUGCAGAUACACUCCUCAGCCAGGAGAGCUGUGGGAAAAGCGAGCCUUUGUGCAGUUCAGUGGAGUCCAAGUUUCCUAUUGAUGACACUCCUUUGGUUCCUGUGAGUUUGGGGGUCCCCCCCUUUAUUAUGUCUGAUAAUUAG